CCAAGCCUCCUAUCUCAGGCCUCUUGCUGGUCUCGCUCCACUCGUGAUCUGAUGACCGCGCGGUCGAUCGGUCAAUUGAUAGCGGUCCCCCGAAUCGAUCAAUCAAUCCCUUCCGGACCCAACUCCACUCGGAAUGGCUUGCGGUUCGAGCCGCCUGAAUCCUUGGCCUGUUAACUUCGUCUGCAUCUGCUGCCUCGCUCUUGGGUGGACACCAUGACCAACAGGGAUCCCGAAUUUCGCCAUCAGCUGGGCAAGUUCCGUCUCGACUCCUCCCUUGCGCCACAUACCUCGUCCGCCCCCUCGCCCCUGCUCAACUCCCUCCCCCCGCCACCUCACCUCGCCUCCCACGUCUCCUCCCCGUCGCAUCGCAGCAAACGCGUCUCCACCGCAUGCGAUUUCUGCCGCAAGCGCAAGAAGAAAUGUGACUUCCGCUAUCCCAAUUGUUCCGCCUGCACGCGUGCCGGCGUCCGAUGUACCAUCCCGCCCCCGGGGCCCCAGGUCGCCAGCGCCUCCGUCCCGCGAGAUCAACUCGAGAACCUACAAAACCGCGUGCGAUGGCUGGAGGAGGUCGUGCGCAAGAAGACCGGCAUCCCCGUGGCCGAUCGGCCCACGGGGAGUCCCCUGGACGGCGAGGGGGACCCGGACUGGUGGUACCAGAUGCCACGCAUGCUGAUGAGCCGCAGCAACUCGAUGCGCCCGCUGGCCGGAACGCCCGCCUCGAACAGCCCGGCCAGCACGUCGGGGGUCGGCACCGAGCUGCCCAACGUCGGCGAGAUCUUUCGUGACCAUCUCGAGCAUCGCCGACCGUCCGUGGCGCGCCCGCCCAUCACGUCGUCGACCACCUCCGCCCCGCGCGUCCUCCGACUCGCCUCGCUGGAAGAAGCCGAACAGGUGGCCUCGCGCUACUUCGACAGUAUGGGAUACCAGUAUCCGUUCCUGCACCGCUCCGACUUCUUCCCGCAUCUGCGUCGCAUCUAUACGGGGGAGGCCCCGACGCCGGAGUUCCACUACACCUAUCACAUCACCAUCGCCAUCGCCCUGUUGAUCGGGUCGUCCGACGGCACGCAAGCCAUGGAGUUCUACCGCGUGAGUCAGGAGACACUGCCGCUGGCUCUGCAGAAUGAGGACCUGGCCGCGGUGAAAGCGCUGCUCAGCAUGGCGCUGUACACCCUCUUCGCGACCACCGGCCCCAGCGUGUGGCAUGUGCUGGGCACUGCCUUGCGUCUGGCCACCAGUCUCGGUCUGCACAAGGCUCGGCCAGCAGCGAGCGUGAUCGAGGAGGAGAUGACCAAACGGGCGUUCUGGAGUCUGUACAACUUGGAUCGGUUGAUUGCCAGCACGCUGUGCCGGCCACUGGGCAUCGUGGACGAGGACAUCAGCGUGAGUCUCCCGCGGGAGUUCAACGACGACUGGACGGAAGCGCCGGGGACGAGCGUGAUGACCAUCCCGGUGCAGGUCGUCCGCUUGCGUCGCAUUUUCUCGCGCAUCUACCGUUACCUAUACAAUAAUCAACCGCCUCCACCGACGAACGAAGUGAUCGUGACGCUUAGCCAUUUUCGCCAAGAGCUGGAUGACUGGCGCCGCAAUGCGCCGGUGUACCCUCCAGCGCUUCUGUAUUCUACCAGCUACUACGACUACCUAUAUGCCACCACCCUCUUACUCAUGUACCGACCCAGCCCGCGGAACCCCACCCCCGACGCGGCCAGCAUCGUGAGCUGCGGCAAUGCCAGCAUCCAGGUCAUUCGAUCCUACUGGGACAGCUACUCGGUGGGCAAGUUGAAGUGGAUCUGGUUGACCCUGAGUCAGACCUACUACGCGGGGAUCACGAUCCUGUGGUGUCUCAACCAUGAUUUUCUUGCGGUCCGCGACGGCCGCGCACCCGCGUGGCAUCCUGACGACCAGACCAUGCGCCGCGCCAUCCAGGCGGUGGUGGUGCUGUUGGAGGAGUUCGGCAAGCGACGGCCGGGCGUGGAGCGGCUGGCAGAGACGUUCCGACAGCAGAGCACGAUGAUCUUCAGUCAUCUGGCAUAUCAACAGGAGCAACUGGGCCAGCAGAACCCCCCGCAACCGCCGCCGCCGCCGCCUGUGUCGCAGCAACCUCAUGUCCUGGUGGCACCGCCCGUGCCUCUGGCGCCGGUGCUGGACGACGUGCUGCUGGUCAACGACCCGGGCAAUAUCCCGGUGAUGGAUCCUCACCUGGCGCAACAACUGCUUUCCCCACUCAUCUUUUCUUUCCCCUCAUCCCCUCUCUUUCUCUUUCUCUCUCUUCUCUCACCCAUUUUCCACCCUCAAAACAAAAUGUCCCACUCCAUCCACGGCACCCUCAUCCACUCCCUCUCCCCCACCACCCUGGAAAUCCUCCCCUCCACCCUCCUCAUCAUCUCCCCCUCCGGCUCCAUCCUCUCCAUCCACCCCUCCACCUCGUCCUCCGAAAUCCCCUCCCUCCUCUCCAGGCACUCCCUCACCCCGUCAACCUGCCCAACCCUCACCCUCUCGCCCUCCCAAUUCCUCAUCCCCGGCUUCAUCGACACCCACACCCACGCCCCGCAAUGGUCCCAGCGCGGUCUCGGCCGCGGCCUGCCCCUCCUCACCUGGCUCGAGACGCUCACGUUCGCGAACGAAUCGAAAGCCCAGGACCUAGCUCACGCUCGCAAACUCUAUACCUCGUGCGUGAAAGGCGGGUUAAGACAAGGUAUCACAACAGCAUGCUACUACGCCUCGCUGCAUACCCCUGCGUCUCUGGUCCUGGCGCAAACAUGCCAGCAACUCGGUCAGCGCGCCCUCGUCGGGAAAUGUAACAUGGAUCGUCACGCGCCGGACUGGUACGUCGAGGACUCCGUGGAGGAGAGUAUCCGCUCCACGGAGGAGUUUAUCGCGGGUCUGAAGGCCCUGGAUCCGGGGUAUGAGCUGAUCAAGCCGGUGCUGACGCCUCGGUUCGCGAUCUCAUGUACCGAUGAGCUUCUGGCAAGACUUGGGGAAUUGAGUGCGAAGUAUCCGGACUUGCCGGUGCAGACGCAUUUCAACGAGUCGAAGGCCGAGGUGCAGUUCACGAGUGAGUUGUUCCCCGGCGCGAGGACCGAGACGGAGCUGUAUGACGGGUUUGGGCUGCUCGGGGAGCGGAGUAUUCUGGCUCAUGCGAUCUAUCUGAAAGAGGGGGAGGUGGAGAGGCUGAGGGCGUUGGGGUGUGGGGUUGCGCAUUGUCCCGUGUCGAAUACGUGUAUGGAUGAGUUUAUGGUCGCGCCGGUGAGGGAGUAUUUGGAUCGGGGGGUUAAGGUGGGAUUGGGCACGGAUUGUGGCGGUGGGUUUACAUCCAGUAUGUUGGAGGUGAUGAGGCAGGCGUAUUUGGUGAGUGUGGCGGCGAAGAGUCAGAGUGGAGGGGUGAAGGGGGCGUUGAGUACGGAGGAGGGGUUUUUUAUGGCGACGUUGGGAGGGGCCAGGGUGGCUGGGUUGGAAGCGAAGGUUGGGAACUUUGAGGUCGGGAAGGAGUUGGAUGCGUGUUUGGUGGAUUGGGCUGUCGAAGGGGUCAUGGCCGAUGUGGAUGGAGAUGAGAUUCGGGAGGUGUUUGAGAAGUUCGUCAUGACGGGGGAUGAUCGCAAUAUUACGGGGGUUUGGGUUAAGGGGAGGAGAGUGAAGGGAUAGCUCAUGGUUAAAAUGGAUAGAAUGCGUGUAUAUUAGUAUCUGAUAUAUGCCAAAGUCUAUGCGACGUAUAUAC